CGGGUCCAAACCCCAAAAAAGUUCUAUGAUUUCGGUCAAGUGCUAAAACGUUGAUCUGGGAGUCCGAUGAUGAUUCCCAAAAACCCAGAAUUUCGUCCAAAAGGAUGAUGAUGAUACUGAUGAUGAUGAUGAUGAUGAUCGCCCAAGGAAAAAGGGUGACGGGCUUGAUUUGUAGGUGGGAAGAAAAAGAACAUCGGAAGGCUUCGCUCUGGAUCGUUCAACGUAAUCCAAAUCGGCAUCUUCGUUUUUUGGAUGGAUCAGCAACAACAUCGACACCUAACAUCCAUCUUUCAGAAAUCGUACUUUUUUCGUUCAACUCCAAUAUUAAAGCCUUCAAAGUUGCAAAUAAAACUAAAAUAGCUUUAUAUAUAAAAGAAUGCUUCAUUUCUCCUUCUACGAUUUAGAAUUUGAUUUGUGAAAUAUGCUGUCUCAUUGGGAAACUCGAUCCUACUAAACACUUCUCGUGGUCUACUUUCUAAGCGUAAAGAAAUCAAAUACAAAUCUAUGCCCUCCUCAUCGAGUUCCAGUAAGAGACCCGCCGCGGACCUAAACAAAGGCGGGUCCAAAAUGAAAACCGUUAAGAAACAGACCGAAAAAGCUGCUGAUAAAGCGAAUAAGCAGUACGAUAAAGCACGGCGGGAACUGAAGGCUGCGCGCAACGAAGUAAAGCAGUCCUUCAGUGCCAUCAAUAAAGCUGUGCGAAACGUAGCGAAGUACAGAAAGCAAAUCCCGAGGAUAGAGGGGAAGGUAAAAGCAGUUUAUCUCCAUCUAGACGUAGAUUUGGCUUUUAGCUCAAUCACAACCACUUACAGCAGAAAAAUCCUCAAAUGUUUCCUGACACCAGCAAAGCUCCAGUUUCUUUUCUAAGGCUCCUUCUGCACCCAUAUCAUUCAUCAACACUCGUUCUCAUGCGUUUCCACUUACCAGAUCUUCAAAAUGUUUCUCGCGAUGCUGAAGAAGAAUCUUAAAGCGCGCACAACGCUGAAGAAGGACGAAAAUAGACGAGUUUGGACAUGCGAAGAACAUCAAGAAUUCGAAAUGAAGGGCGUUGAUGUGGAGCUCGUCGAGCGACUUUUGAAGGAGAACGAAGAGGACGAUGGCGAUAUUAAUGAGGAGGAAGAGCAGGAUGAUGCUGCUGAAGAUGACGAAGAUGAAGGAACCGAGAGCAAGGAAGAAGAAGAAGCCUCCCACUCAGCUAGUGGAAGUGCUGCUGCCGACAACGAAGCUCAACUUCAGCAGCAAAAACUAGAUGCAACAAAGCAUGAACUACAGUGGUGCGUGGAGCACAGGGUCGACAAGUGGAACACCGCAGCACAAAGCGCAAAGCAGGUCUGGCAUCUAGACCAGGAGCAAGCUACGCAGAUCUUCUGUAAAUCGAAUCUAGAAAGCACAAAUCCGUUUGUCAACAACGGCACCACAGUGACCAUCAAAACGGUGAAGCUAACGCAUGAGAAGGAUACUCUUUCUGUAUCUAUCACGACGCAUACCCACUAGCGUCGGUGCUACGACAAUCCCUAGACUGAUUCCAUGAACCACUCAACGACCUUCCUCUAUUCCAGAUAGAUUACCAAUGUGAUUUUUGUCCUAAACAUUGAAGUUUGUUCUGUGUAGCACAUCUUGGUUUAUUUCAUCUCAAUGAGAGAAUAUCAAUAUCAAUACCUAUGAUCGCAAUCGCUGCUAGUUGAUGUUAUGGUGACCCCAGGCUGAGCUUGCUUUAUCGUCCUUUGUGACACGACCUCCUUCUUGACACCUUCAAAAAUCCCUAGCUAUCCCACUGAAUCCUCCUUCCACCCAACGCGAGCUUUCUCUUGGACUUCGCUACCCUUCAUCGUUCUUGGAGACGACGAAAUCUAAAAACCUCUAUUACUGAGGAUGCCUCCUGCUCCCGACAACGACCAGCAUGACGACGUACUGUAUCACUUGUGUAGAAUUCUCCGCUCCAGCACCAAGAAUCGUGAAAAAUGUCUCC